AUGGUUUUCAUACCUACAACAGAUACAGAAGUGUCAAACCUAAUAAAACAACUUAAAAUUAAACAUUCAUCUGGCUUGGAUUGUGUCACAUCACAUCUCAUAAAGGAAUGCAGGGAAUGUAUAUUAAAACCAUUGACACACAUGCUGAAUGCUGCGAUAGAAGAAGGUAUAUUUCCAGAUUCACUGAAAGUAAGUAAAGUGAAGCCAAUAUUUAAGAAAGGGAACAGGGAUGAAUUAGGAAAUUACAUGCCAAUAUCAUUGAUCUCAACAUUUGCUAAAUUUUAUGAAAUGAUAAUAAAGAUUAGAAUUGCAACAAAAGACUUGUGGGAUUUUUAUGGACCUAUCUAA